CAAGUUCAAACCCCCGAGCUGUCGUUCUGUCCCCUUAACCCACUGUUCCUAGGCCGUCAUUGAAAAUAAGAAUUUGUUCUUAACUGACUUGCCUGGUUAAAUAAAGGUAAAAAAUACAUAUUUGGUAGGCCAAAUGAGGAAUGCAUUGCAUUCUAGGUGUUUUACCCAGAAAUACCAUGUCAAAAAUAGGAUUAAGAUUCCAUUGAUUUUAUUACUGCUCCGAUGCUUUUGGGACCUUCCAUAUAGGAGAAAAUUAUGCAUUGCCGGUUUUCCUUGCAGGUGUAAUUGAAUGAAGCGCCGCCUACCAAUGUCCUUUUUUGUUCAUGGUAAAUGUCUAUUGCAUGGUCAAAUGUGUAUACCAGGUGGGUAAGUCAUGUGAAACGUAUUGCUUUACUGGUAGUUUGUGCUCCAUGAGGUCUGUUUGUGGUCAUCACUAGGCAACGAGAGUGUUCAGUUUACAGUACCUGCACGGCAAAGGUGUGUCUGUAAGAGGACACGGUGCUUAACCAGCAAACUAUUCUAGGAUCACCUGGGGCAGAUUCCUUCUCCACCAAAAUAUUUAUGACAGAAUGGCCUUAGCAAGUGGACACUGGGUUGCCAAGGAAACAAAAGGUAAACCGCCAAGCCCCAGGCACAGCCAUGCGCUAGCUGUGGCUGGGAAUAUAGCUUUCCUGUUUGGAGGGGUGUCCACCAUAUCCCAUGAGGAGGAGCAGCCAGUAUAUUUGAAUGACUUCUACAUGCUCACAGUUUCAGCCACUCACAUCACAUGGGAGGUGAUGCCACAGAAUGGGGUUGUACCCUCAGCAAGAGAAGGACACACACUUUGUGUGGUUAAAGGCAAGCUCUACCUGUUUGGAGGAGUGGCCAGUCCGCAGGCUGGAGAAUGUCUUCCUGGAGUCUACUGCUUUGACAUAGUGUCAUUGACGUGGGAGCGGCUUGCCACAGGCGGUGUGUCUCUUAGAACCAUCAGACACAGUUCCGUCUCCGUGGGAGACAACAUUUAUGUCUACGGUGGGCUCCUAGACGGUGUCCCCACUGAUGACCUCAUGGUGUUCAACACAGUCUCUCUGAACUGGACCCCAGUCAAGACCACUGGCACUCUGCCAUCUGCAAGAUACAACCACACGUUUGCUGUAGUCAGUGAGCAGGUGUUCAUGUUUGGGGGAUGUGCUGAGGAUGGCUGCUACUACAAAGACAUUCAUGUUCUCAACACGGAAACCCUGGUGUGGCAGAGGUAUGGUGUGAAGGGGGAGUCGCCCCUGGCCUGUGCAGGUCAGACCCUCACAGCACAUCAUGACAAGGAUAUUUACUUGUUUGGUGGAAAAUGCACCAGUCAGGAUGGAACAGUCACAUCAACCAAUGAAAUUCAUAAAUUAAGCAUUGCUAAGAUGAAAUGGAAGGUGCCUCUCUAUGUGGGGAUUCCUCCGGCCCGCCGUCAUGACCAUACAGCCUUCAUCCUUCACAGCCAUAUAUAUGUAUUUGGUGGCAAAAAUGAAGAACAAGAAUUCAAUGACCUGAAGAUGAUGAAAUUGAUUAACCCAUCCGAAAGACAGCCAGUGAUGAAGGAGAUUCUAUCUGAAUUUGGGCUUCAGGGAGUCAGCCAUGGCUUCGCACCGACAAAGGUCCCCAAUGUCAAGUAUGAGCUGAGUGAGUCUCCAUCUCUGUUUUCUGUGAGGACGGAUGCAGCUGCCUCUGCACAGGUUACAGCCCAAAGAGACUUCAGUGCCGUCCGAGAUGAGGCGAUGGAUAUGAUCCAUAAAGCUUUCUCCAUGCUUGAUGGAGAGUUUCAGAAGCUUGACAGAGAAAGGUCAGAGCUUGCUCAGUCUGCAGCUGCUCUUCAGUACAAGAGAGAAUCUCACCAAGCCCACCAUCAGCAACAGGAGGAGGAACUACAUGAAAUGCUUGAGCGACACAGAGUCCAGAAUGAGACCUGGCUACGUGCACGGGCAGAGGAGAAUGACAAGGAAAGGAAGGGGCUGAGUAAACUCAGGGAGGAGAUUGUGCACGAGCAGGGGAGACUGGAAGAGGAGCAGGGAAACAUCCAGAAACGCAGCGAACAUCUUCUAUCCAUCAUGCAACAGUUUAAAGGCAUGUAAAGACACGUAACCAUGGCAACCAACUUGGACGUGCCGAGUUUGUGGGUGUGGCUUACUUUCCAAGGAUGAUCAACUCAAAAGCGUCUAUAAAAAGGAAAUGUGACAUUAAUUUGUGUUUUUCCACUGGUGGGUGUGUUUGAAUAGUUAGCAUUUUGUGCAUAGCUAAGAUUAACUUUUGUUGUCUUUUGCCAGAUAGUCAUAAUAUCUUUAGCGAGACAGGGGGAUAAUGUUGACACUGUGAUAAUGUUGACACUGUCAAAAGAAAAAACACCACUUUAAGGCAUUUGUUUAAACCUCAGGAAUGGUUGCUAAAGAAUUCCUAGGACAUAUCAAAAUUGGUCAUGAUAGGUCUAAGCAAAAUGUUGUAAAGGAGAAUAAUUAACUGAGUUGUAGAUUGAUGUAGCCUAAUCAUGUUCAUAAAAAUGUUGGAUUAUUUGGCAUAUCUUGUCAAAUCUGCAUAAAACAACUUUCUGUUCCCUCAUCUUUCAAAUUAUCCUACACUGAAGGCUUACACUUUUAUGAACAUACUUUAAAAUAACUGACGGAAUGUUAUAUUCUAAAUGUGGGCAAACCAGAUAUUUUCUUAGGCAAAUCCUGUAUGGGAAUAGAUAACUCACAAAUUAAACCAAAAAAAGUAUAGAAAAAAAUGCUUUGCAUAAGAAUUGGUUGUCAAUUAAAUAAUUUACUCAAAGAGC